AACACAAGCAACGACUGAGCCAGUGCAGCGAGCCUGGGGCGCCGCCUCGUCAUCCGCGUUCUCGCUCCCCACCAGAGAGACGGCCACACCCACGGAGGCGCAGACGGAACGAGCCGUGUAAUCGCCGCCGCAGCAGCUCCGGAGAAACUCUCCCCACCGCAUUUAAUAAAGCAAAACAUGGCAGCGGCAGGAGCUGCGUCUAACCCCGGCGGGGGUCCGGAGAUGGUGCGGGGCCAGGCGUUCGACGUAGGCCCUCGAUACAUCAAUCUGGCUUAUAUCGGCGAGGGAGCGUACGGCAUGGUGUGUUCUGCCCAUGACAAUGUUAACAAAGUUCGAGUUGCUAUCAAGAAAAUCAGCCCAUUUGAGCAUCAGACAUACUGCCAGCGAACAUUGCGGGAGAUCAAAAUCUUGCUACGUUUUAAACAUGAAAACAUCAUUGGGAUAAACGACAUUAUUCGCGCUCCAACCAUUGAGCAGAUGAAAGAUGUGUACAUUGUGCAGGACCUCAUGGAGACAGACCUCUAUAAGCUCCUGAAGACUCAGCAUCUUAGCAAUGACCAUAUCUGCUAUUUCUUGUACCAGAUUCUGAGAGGAUUAAAGUACAUCCAUUCAGCCAAUGUUCUACAUCGUGAUCUUAAGCCUUCAAAUUUGCUGCUUAACACUACCUGUGAUCUCAAGAUCUGUGAUUUUGGAUUGGCUCGUGUUGCAGACCCAGAUCAUGAUCACACUGGCUUUCUCACAGAAUAUGUAGCCACUCGCUGGUACAGAGCUCCUGAGAUCAUGCUGAAUUCCAAGGGCUAUACCAAAUCAAUUGACAUCUGGUCUGUUGGCUGCAUUCUUGCUGAGAUGCUUUCUAAUAGACCCAUAUUUCCUGGGAAACAUUAUCUUGACCAGCUUAAUCACAUACUUGGUAUUCUUGGAUCUCCAUCUCAAGAGGACCUAAACUGUAUAAUCAAUUUAAAAGCUAGGAAUUACUUGCUUUCCCUUCCUCACAAAAAUAAGGUGCCAUGGAACAGACUUUUCCCCAAUGCAGAUCCCAAAGCUCUAGACUUACUGGACAAGAUGCUGACUUUCAACCCCCAUAAAAGAAUUGAAGUAGAGGCAGCUUUGGCUCAUCCUUAUCUGGAGCAGUAUUAUGACCCAAGUGAUGAGCCUGUAGCUGAAGCUCCCUUUAAAUUUGAAAUGGAGCUUGAUGAUUUGCCCAAGGAGACUCUUAAGGAGCUAAUUUUUGAAGAAACCGCUAGAUUCCAGCCAGGGUACUGACCACCAUCUAACCACAGGGAAAGGAUGUGAAGGACUUUGCUGAGACAUCGGUGUUGUUCUUGCCAGUUCUUCCUCCUUGGGCGUGUCCUGUGCUCCAUCUCAGCUUGUCCAGUCUAUAACUUCUUUGAGCCAUUAUGGAGGGCAGUUCCUGGUAGUUGUGGCUUUUUAUGCUUCUGAUGAAUUCUUUCGAUAUGGAGAAUUGUUCUUGACACUCCUUUGUGAAAGUGGUGCGGCAAACACACACCUGCUGAGACCUUCAUUAACCGCUUGUACAUUAUUAUUUUUUUUUUUCUUUUUGUAUUGUUUUAUAAAGAUGCAGUGAAUUUCUUUCCAUUUUUCUGGGUUUACAGCACUCGGACUUUCACCGGCCCUACACGCUGUAUCAAACCACACAUUCAAACACUGUGGUAUUUGCCAUUGUUUUGGGUUUUUUGUUUAUUUUUCCCCUCCUUAGUUUUUACUUUUUUUUUUUUUAUUUGGGAGAGUUUUUCUCUGGGCACUUUAAAUCAAUGUAAAGCCCUAUUUACUUGCACAUAUCAUUUUAAACAAAUGCAGUUGUAAGCAUUGAAAUUCUAAUGGAGCUUAUCAUAUAUAUAUAUAUAUAUAUAUAACGGUUACUAGCUUUCUCUAGCACUUAGCAGAACCGAGCAAACUAUUUUAACCCUUUCCAUGUUUAAGGUUGAAAAGAUAAUAAUGCCCCCUAAUAAAAUGUGUGUGUACGUGCUUACAGAACUCAACCUCUCAUUCUUUUAAGCUGCUGCAAUAUAUUCAAACAGGGAAAAAAAACUUUGGGCAUUUUUGCCAUGCACUGGCCUUCUCUGGUCUGGGUUUUUUUCAUGCAUGGAGAAAUAGUAGUAUGUUGAAUUUUACAUGAGUAUAAAGCAAGUGAAACCAAAAUCUCGUUACUGUUAGCUGAGGAAGUUUAGAAUGAGACUGUGCAUUAUCACUGCAGAGGUGAAAUGCAUGCUGUCUGUACAAAGUAAGUGUGGUUAAUUUCAGCAUUGGAAUGAGUGCUUUGAUUAUAAUGCUAACCGAAAGAAUCUGCAUCUGUAGGUAACGGCGGGUUUUCUUGUCGAGAGAGGCUCUUGUUUGUAACCAACAUCUCUACUUUAUUAUUCUCAAACCUAUAUCUGCUUCAUUGAGUCUGGUACCUACAGUUCUGUAGUGUCUGAAAGAUAUAGUAAUCUUUUUCUUGCCCAGCUUGGAGCAACCCGCCAAACUAGCACUAAUUUUAAACUAUUAACAUUUCUUUGCAAGUAUUUGUUCUUGGAAUUGUAUAAUGUGGAGUUUACUAGAUGUUAUGUCGAAGUGCGGUGCCUCCUCCUUCCCCCCCACCCACCUCAAGAUUUGCCUUGUUUGAAAUGACCGUGCCCUCGCAUGACUGUUAAGCUUUUCUGUGCAAAGAUGAUUGUUUAAGUGCCACAUGCCUUUGAUGAUAUAAGAAAAUGUGUUACCUCUGAAUCAUAUUCAACUGAAAUGUUAUUCUGUAACCUACAUGAGGAGAAAACGGCUCUAUCUUAAUCCUCUUCUCUAUUCUGUCUUUCCUUGUCCGGCAGAGUUUUAACAAUUUGUCUGCACUGCCUGGAAACAUGAACAAAAAUUGCACUUGUAAAUGAAAUAAAUUGAAAUCUUCUCAUUAAUUUACAGGUUUAUUAAUUUUUUUUUCUCCAUUUGAUUUGCUUUGAAAGCUGUUUCUGUGACGUUUGUGAUUUCUUGCUAUACAUUUCUGAUUUUUUUUUGAGACUGACUUUUUUUUUUUUAAUUAUCAUUAAACUAGGUGUCCAACUAAUUGGCCAAUUUAUGUUGUCCGCUAAAAACAAAAGCCAUUUUUGGUACAUGUGCUUUAUUAUCUGACAACCCUUCUUUUUUUGUGCUUUGCUUGAAAAAGGGAUUUGCUUUGCAUCUAAACUUUUCCUGAUCUGCCAUAGACCUGCUGAUCAUUUCUCACGUAUAAGCCACAACUGAAUUUUCUCCUAUACAAGUACUGCUCAAGUGCAAGUGAAUCUGGACUGAUGUGGGCAUCAAACAUGGAGUCACUGUGCUUGUCGGAAGGCUGAAACGUCUUAUUAGAUCUACUAUGUGGUUUGAUUAAAAACACAGACACCACCAAAGAGUUAGGACAAGAUUUUGUGUAAACUGUUAAAACAUAAGCUUCUGGCAAACAUUUGGGGUUUCUGACCUAUAUUCCUGGACUCGCUUCAUAAGAUAGAAAUGAAAAUAUACUGCUAUGCACUAACACUGUUCAAACAUGUUUUUCUAGUUCUCCUCAACCCUACUUAUCAUUUUAAUUGGAUGAGGGACAGGAUAAGCCAUAUAUAUAUCAGUCUGAAAGGUGAUUAUGUAACUCAUUCCAAGUAAGUGUAUAUCAGGAAGUGCUUGAUUUCAUUCAGUUCAUACAGCUGAUCUCUCUGCUGCAUUUAUACAGCAUUGCAGCACUUCCAAGUCAACAAGCUGGGUGGGACCUGUAUUCACCGCUCUCUCACUGCUUUGGCUCUCACUGGCAGUUGAUGUAUUUAUUGUUAAUGCUUUGUAGCCAAGCUGACGAGAAUGUUCAGGAUAGCUGUAAUUAAGAAAUCGCAAGUACUUGCAAAAUGACACAUCACUCCCUUUUUCUGCAUCUAUUAUUAUUAUAAAAAGAAAAAUAUAUUCCACUGCUUUGAUUAGAGGUGUUUUCAGGAGCGAAUGGAUAGCCUUAACCUCUUGCUGCUUUUCCUUUUUUGUGGCAUUGUCCCCCACUAACUGCACUUCAAAUUCUGCCUUCACAUCUGCUCUCUUCUCAAGCAAAAUCAACACAUUUCUUAGUACUGGUUGCAGUUCCAUAUUGACUGGACUUUUUGGAACAGAGAUAUCAACUGUAAAUGUAUACUGCCUCACGUCUCUCAACGGCUCUACAUCUUUGGGAUAUAACAAAAAAAAAUUGCCAAUCCCCAGUGCAACCUAUUGCCCUUUAAACAGAUUCCUUAAAGAGCUUGUACUUGCUUUGUACUGUCGGUGCCUUUUUAGUCAUGUAUUCAAAAAAAAAUGUGUGUAGCUGACUUGGUAGACUGUACCUUUAGUAAUCUUCACUGCUUGGUGGAACGAUAAUUUACUGCUUUAAUGGUAGGUGUUAAAGGAAGAUGCAGAUCCAUCUGGCAGUGAAUAACUUACAAAAGAAAAUAUUUUAAUACAAGUAUCUGUAUGUUCCUUUAAAAUGUAUUGUAACAGCUAAAACAUGUAUUUUAUUGUGAAAGGUAUAACCUUUUAAAUCAAUUAAGGCAACAUUGUAAGAGGUUUAUAAUAUUUUUUUUGUUAAUUCUAUUGAUGUAUUUAACUUUUUCCUUACUCGGUUGAAUGUUCUAUAUUUCUGGCUUAAACGUGUAAAAAAAAAAAAAAUCUUGUAAAACUAAACAAAACUCGGAUUAAAUCAUUAAA